AUGUACUGCAAACCAGCUGGAGACCUGGAGUGGAAGCUGGGUUAUCGACCAUCACAGACGGGGUCAGAGAGAGCGCGUCGAUUUAACAAACCGACCAAAGCACAGAGAAAAAAGGACGAAUCUGACGAUAAGAAUGACCUGAAUGAGAAACUGAAGGUGUGUAAACCGUGA